GCAGCCAACAGAGACUCUGCAUCCGCUCCUGACAGCCGCUGCCGCUGCGCAUCGCUCUGACGGAUUUUAACCUCAUCUCAGGAUUUUGGUCUUUCUCCGCGGGAGAGGGGACUUUUUUUAUAAUAAUUUUACAACGCUGAAAUUAUUCACCGUCCUUCCUCCUGCACCAUUGGACCGUAAUUUGUCGUGGUUUUGUGGGAUAUUUCGAAUCAUAUAAAGAUGCCUUCCGACAUGAUUGAAAAAACCUCCUCCUCCCCGGUCGCUGCGACCCCGGCAAGCAUGAACACAACCCCCGAUAAACCCAAGACAGCGUCUGAGCACAGAAAGUCAUCCAAGCCAAUUAUGGAAAAGAGGAGAAGAGCCAGAAUCAACGAGAGUUUGGGGCAGCUGAAAACUCUCAUCCUGGAUGCGCUCAAAAAAGAUAGCUCCAGACACUCGAAGCUGGAAAAGGCUGACAUCCUUGAGAUGACAGUGAAGCAUCUCCGGAACCUCCAAAGGGCUCAAAUGACCGCUGCCCUCAACACAGACCCGACUGUGCUUGGGAAAUAUCGCGCCGGCUUCAGCGAGUGCAUGAAUGAAGUCACCCGGUUCCUCUCCACCUGCGAAGGCGUCAACACCGAGGUCAGGACGCGGUUGCUCGGUCACCUGGCCAACUGCAUGACCCAGAUCAACGCCAUGAACUAUCCCAGCCAGCAUCAGCACCAGCACCAGCUCCCCACCAGCGCCGGACCCACGCACCCGUCUUUCGGCCAGUCGAUGGUCCAGAUCCCCAACUCGUCCCCGCAGGUCCUGCCCAUGAACGCGGUGUCCUGUAAAGGAGGCUCCUCGCCCGCCAGUUUGCCAUCGGACGCCACCAAACUGUACGGAGGCUUCCAGAUCGUGCCUGCCACAGACGGACAGUUUGCAUUCCUCAUACCCAACGCGGCGUUCGCUCCCAAUGGCCCCGUCAUCCCGGUGUACGCGAACAACGUCAACACGUCGGUGCCGGCUGCGGUUUCCCCCGGAGCGCCAUCAGGCAACUCGGACUCCGUGUGGAGACCCUGGUGAAAAGUGGGGGAAAGGACCAUAAGACUUUAAAAUGACACUUAAUAGUUCUCUCUUUGUUCGAUGUUAGAAAAACUUGUUUUGAAUCUGUUUUCUCUUGUAAAAUGGAAAGAGUAUGCACUAUAUUUGUACAGCUAACAAGGGAGUAAAGUUCAUAUUGAAAUGAGAUUUGUAUCGUGGAAGUCCGUUCACUGCAUUUUUAAAUAAUUAAGUUGUACUUUUUUUACUCAGUGAUGCCAAAGAUAUGUUCAAUGCUCUUAUGCUGUUCUUCGUUUUGGAAGACAAAUAAAUUUGUAAAGAUUUUAAAAAAGA